UUCCAAGUUCUUCCGACAACCCAAGAAAGUCCACCCACUUCAACUAAACCCACGACCAAAACGUUUUGCCGAUGGCCACCUCAAUUUCUUCAAACUCGUGUCCUAGGAUAACCAUGUUGGUUGUGUGCACGAUCCUCAUCGGCUCAUCGAUGGUUGCUUUGGCCGGUAACUUCUACCAGGAUUUUGACGUCACGUUCGGAGAUGGCCGAGUCAAGGUUCUGGACAACGGCCAGCUCGUCGCUCUCUCCCUGGACAAGACCUCCGGCUCUGGCUUCAAAUCCAAGAACCAGUACCUCUACGGCAGAUUCGACAUGCAGAUCAAGCUCGUCCCCGGCAACUCCGCCGGCACCGUCACCACCUUCUACUUACACUCGGACGGGUCAACCUGGGACGAGGUAGACUUGGAGUUCUUGGGGAACCUGAGCGGCGACCCUUACAUCCUCCACACGAACUUGUACAGCCAAGGCAAAGGCAAUAGGGAGCAGCAAUUCUAUCUCUGGUUCGACCCGACCGCCGAUUUUCACACCUACUCUGUCCUCUGGAACCCUUCACACAUUGUGUACUACGUGGAUGGGACUCCAAUAAGGGAGUUCAAGAACUUGGAAGCGGCGGGCAUCGCGUACCCGAAGAGCCAGCCCAUGACCCUCUACUCGACCCUGUGGGACGCCGAGGACUGGGCCACGCGCGGCGGCCUCGUGAAGACCGACUGGUUGCAAGCGCCAUUCACCGCCUCCUUCAGGGGCUUCAACGUGAGCGCGUGUGUUUGGUCCAAUGGAGCCUCCUCUUGCCCUUCUUCCUCGGCCGCCGCUGCGGCAAAAUACCCAUGGUUUUCCCAGCAACUUGACGCCGCGGGCCAGCAGAGGAUGAAGUCGGUCCAGCAGAAGUACAUGAUCUACGACUACUGCCAGGACACCAAGCGAUUCCCUCAGGGCUUGCCGCUGGAGUGCACUCUAAGGACCAAGUGACCAGAUCAUGCACACAAACAAAAGAUUGAUAAUGUUCAUACAUAUGCCUUCGUACCAUUAAUUUGUAAGUGUUGUGAUUAAUUCGUACGCCGUGGAUGUCCACUAGGCAUGCUCACGGUUUACCAAGUCAAUAAAAUGUUUGAUUAAUUUGA